UCUGGUGCUCUCUAGACUCGGGCGUCAUCCGGGUAACUGGUGUUGUCCAGUCAACGUUGUUGCGUUGGUGUACUUCCAUCUGUUGUAGUUGACGCGAGCGCUUCUACACAUCAGGGACACAAUGGGUGCACAAGACGGAGAAUCUGAACCUGAGCAGUUCCGAAAGCUCUUCAUCGGAGGUCUGGACUACAAGACUACAGAGGACAGCCUGAAGGGCCACUUUGAGCAAUGGGGGGAGGUCGUGGACUGUGUGGUGAUGCGCGACCCCACCACCAAGAAGUCCAGGGGUUUUGGCUUCAUCACCUUCCGCAGAGCCCACAUGGUGGAUGAUGCCCAGGCCGCUCGACCGCACAAGGUUGACGGGCGAGAGGUUGAACCGAAGCGGGCGGUUCCACGGGAAGAGGCUGGACGUCCAGAGGCCCAGGCCACCGUCAAGAAAGUGUUUGUGGGUGGCCUCAAGGACGACGUGGACGACAACGACCUGCGCGAGUACUUUGCCCAGUUUGGCAACAUAGUCUCCGUCAAUUUGGUCACCGAGAAAGAGACCGGACGCAAGCGUGGCUUUGCAUUUGUAGAGUACGACGACUACGACCCAGUGGACAAGAUUGUCCUCAAGCGUCAUCACAUGCUGAAAGGGAAGAGGACAGAAGUGAAGAAGGCGCUGUCCAAACAGGAGAUGGAGAACUUGAAGAAAGACAAGCGACCCUCGUUCCGCGGCGGACGAGGCCGCGAAGCUUGGGACACCGGAUACGGAGGAGGUGGCUACGGUGGCGGAGGAGGAUACGGCGGUGGUCAGGGCGGCUAUGGUGGCAGCCAGGGAGGCUGGAACCAGGGCGGCGGAGGCGGCGGCUACGGCUCUGACUUCGGUGGCUCCGGCUUUGGCCAGGGAGGUGGUGGAUGGGGAAACCAGGGCGGCGGAGGAGACUUUGGCUCCGGCUACGGCAACUCUUACGGAGGAGGACCCAUGCGAGGUGGACCAGGGGGUGGAUUCUCCCAAAGAAGCUCAGUGCCCUACGGCAACGGAUCCGGUGGAUACAGAAGAUAAGAGGGGGGCACUGAUCUUGGACGGGGGGACAGGCAUCUCACGCGAAAACAGGCUUAAGGCUAGGCUCUUGGAGGUCUAGGCUUACACCAGGGGAAGCUCUUCGUUCGGCCAGGCAACGGAUAUAGUGACAGAGAGACCAGUUUAUUCCCUUCCCUUGAUGCGCGCAUAUGGGGUCCCUGUCCCCCUUCAGGGGUUUUAUUUUAGGAAGACCCACAUUGUCGUCCAUUAUCCUCUUUGUUUGACGGAAGGACUGUAUAUGUUUUUUCUUUUAUCAUCGUUGUUGCCAUCAGUGUUUGUGUGAGGCUUCAUUGACUCUCCCGUACAUCAAUACUAUCGUGUUAAUAAACUUGAGUCUGUGCUCUGAAAAAA